UAGCGCUAUCCGCCCCCCUCCCCUCCAACAUUUAACCCUGCUAUUUCGAGAAACUUCCAGCCCACUUUUCCACGUCACUUGAAGGAAUCUUUAAAGCGUCCGUCGCCUGUAUAAAAUGUCUCAGUACUCGACAGGCAGCAGCAACAUGAACGGCAUGAAGACACAGUCACCGAUACUGACCAUGGCAAAUAAUGACAACGACCCUCUGCCCCUCGGAUGGGAAGUCAAAAUUGACCCUCAGACGGGAUGGCCCUUUUUUGUGGAUCACAAUAACCGCACGACAACCUGGAAUGACCCGAGACACGACACGAAAAAGGUCAGAGAAGUGUCAGCAAAUGGACCCAACAUACCACCAGAACCCAGCCCACAGGAGCCACAGAAGACCUUUGUGAGGGAGAUGAAACACCCCAUUCUUCGCCCAGGUUAUGUCCCAAUCCCAGUCUUCCAUGAGGGCGCAGAACUCAGACAGCAACAGCACCCGUGUUAUUCUUACAUUCAGCCAACCACUGCACAGAAUAUCCGGACAGAUGGGCGGACACCUUCCCCGACGCCAGGGCUCCACUGCAGGCCUCGAUCACCCUUACAUGGACCUGCAGACAGCUGCUCCACUGAGCCUGUAAUGGCCAGCUCACCUGUUUCACAAACAGCAGAGGCUUACACUGCCCCACAUCACCAACCCCCACGGCCCAGCAGCACUGGUCUCCAAGCAGGUUAUAUCCCCAUCCCGGUGAUCCAUGAGGGUGGAGGAGGCCAAACACAAACACAGGCUCAGAUAAAUCCUUCUGUCUAUUCUCAGCGCGUCCCCUACUCAGAGCACCAACAGCCCUGGCCUGGCUACUCUUCAGUAAUGCAGCCUCCCCGGGAAAGGGCUUCUCCGAUAUUGCUUCCCCAGCAUCGUGAUGCUGCUGCUAUUCACAUCCCUCCUCAUAUAAGAAGCCAGUCACCUAUUAUCACUCAGGUGAUGGGAGAAAGACCACAGGCUCAACAGCAUAUCCUCACAAGAGACCCGCCCCAGAAAAUGGAGCAGGAACCACAUAGCCCUCAACAGAAACCUGAGAAUGCACAGUUCCCCCAGCCUUUGCACACAGAAGUUGAUGGUCAAAAGCCUCAACAGCCUCAACACUUCCAACAGCCUCCACCUCAACAACCUCAACACUUCCAGCAGCUACCACUACAGCAACCCCAGCAGUUCCAGCAACCGCAGCAGUUCCAGCAACCGCAGCAGUUCCAGCAACCGCAGCAGUUCCAGCAGCCGCAGCAGUUCCAGCAGCCGCAGCAGUUCCAGCAGCCGCAGCAGUUCCAGCAGGCACCUCCUCAGACGUCUCCACAGCCUCAGCAGCCUGAACAGUUAACACAGUUGCAACAACAGUUCCAGCAUCCCCAGAAACCAGAGCAACCACAACAACAUACUGCAGACAUCACAGUCCAAAUACCUGCAAAACCAGAAGCCCAGGACAUGGCAGCUGUUCCUCCAGAGGUUCCACCUGUAAAGGUAGAGGCUGAACAGCCUGCUCAGUGCCCUGUUCACCCCGGCUUGGCUAAAGUACAGCAGAUAGUGGAGCGGGUUGCUAAACUGGAGCAGGAAGUGAAAUGUUUUGAUGGAAAGAAGAAUGAUAAGAAAUACUUGUUAUUGGAGGAGCUGCUGACCAAAGAGCUCUUAGCACUAGACUCGGUUGACCCAGAGGGUCGUGCAGAUGUACGGCAAGCGAGACGGGACGGAGUCCGCCGUGUUCAGACCAUACUGGAAGAACUGGAGCAACUGGAGGAUCAGCCAACAAGGCCUGCAAGCGAGACCUCAAUGGAGGGAGACAACCUGACACAGAAAGGAGAGCCCAGCAUGAUCACCAAGGAGAAUGUUGAGAUGGCAAAGGAGAUAUCGUAAUGACUGCACACGUCAUAAUCAAGAUGAGAGAAGAAUAGCCUGCUGUUUAUCUGGCUUACCCACCUCCUCCUCUCUCUACAGCAUUUGUGAAAGUUGCAUGCAUUGAUUAACUGUGUUGGUAUUUCCUGCCAUUCAGCACAUAAUUGAUGGUGGCUCAGCGCAGUCAUGUUUUUCAAGCCAAUGUUGUUGCCUUCUAUGUUGUGCCAAUGUCUUCAUAAUAAGACAGCUGUCAUGAUCGAGGUGUUGACAACGAUUUCUAGUCAAAUUAAAGUUUGAAUAAGAGGCCUUUAUCAAUAAAUGGAAGAAAAAGUAUUUUCUUAAGAAAUGUUACGUGUAGUUGCCUUUUGUCUUGAUCAAAUAUUGUAUGACGCUUUUCUUAAUCCAGUCAGCACAUCAGUUAGUACACAAGGGCAAACACAGGGGGCUUUAAAGCAGAACUCACUGCGAAACUCAGUCAACAGAAAAGCAUUUUCCCCUUUAUUGCCACAAGGCCAUGUUGAAGCUGCUUUGUCACAAAACACAAUGAGUAUGUUUAUUAGAUGCUGCUUUUAGUGCAUUUACUGAUUUUGCUGUCUUCGCACUUUGCCAUCAUUGAAAUGUAUCAUGCUGAAAGAUCAGCAGCACUUCAUUUGAGAUAUAUCAGUUACACAAGUUUUGAUUGGUGUGUUUGAGUGUUUGUAUGUGCAUUGGUUUACCUGUAAUUUCAAAAUAUUAUAUCAGUAUUUAUAUCAUUAUAUAGUAUUUUGGUACAUUUAUGAAUGUGUAAUGACAAACGGACCUGAGAUGUGUAACCUACUUGAGAUGUCAGACAAUCAGCACUUGGUGCUAGUAAGGAAUCGCAGUUUAAGAUUGUCAGAAUGUCCUUGUAUAACUACCAAAGCCACAAUCUGUAAUAGCACUAACACAAAAAUGGCCUAAAAGCCUUAAAAAUGCCAACUGUGACAAGUUAUUCAACUAAUGAACAACAUCAAUCUAUCAUUUAAAAGGUACAAAAUUACUUUUAUUAUUACCCUGUAAUUGUUUGUGUAGUAAAAUAAGCCAUCUGUAAUGUAGGGUCACUGCCGAAUACACCUUUACAAAUUAUGGAUUGUGGCUUAUUGUUGAUCACGGGUUAUGAGUAGCAGGCUAAUACAUUGUUGAAAGCAAGUCACAUUGGUAUGGUUGAAAUAAAAUGUAUUUGACAUUCA